CUCCUCUGAUUGGCUAGCACGCUUCCUGUUUCGUAACUCUUCAACGUGGUUGUUACCAAACACAAAUCUAGCAACGACAACCAUCGGUUGAGCGGAAUAAAAGACGUCUUUAAGAAAUGGGUCAUCGAUGCAUCCACUGGUUCCGUAAAGGGCUGCGGCUGCACGACAACCCGGCGCUGAUGGCCGCUCUGAGGGACUGCAAGGAGCUCUAUCCGGUGUUCAUCCUCGAUCCACAUCUCUUUGACAAGAAAUGGGUGGGCAUCAACCGCUGGCGGUUCCUGCUGGGGGCGCUCAAAGACUUGGACUGCAGCCUCAGACUGCUCAAUUCUAGGCUGUUUGUUGUGAGAGGCAAGCCGGAAGACAUGUUCCCCAAACUGUUCACAAAGUGGAAAAUAACAAAGCUGACCUACGAGUUUGACGCAGAGCCUUACAGCGUAUCCCGUGACCAGAAGGUGGCCGCACUAGCCAAAGAACAUGGGGUGGAAGUCGUGUAUAAAGUGUCCCACACGCUUUAUGACACAGACCGAAUAAUCGAGGAAAAUAAUGGGAAAGCCCCCCUCACAUACAACCGCAUGCAGGUUUUAGUGAAGACCCUUGGGCCCCCGAAGAAGCCAAUUCUCGCUCCCACUGUAGAAGACAUGAAAGAUGUGAAGAGCCCUCAAUUAGAAGAUGACGCACACAAUUAUCCGAUUCCGUCAAUGGAUGAGCUUGGUCAUGAUACAUCGGAACUCGGAGAGGAGCCUUUCCCAGGAGGAGAGCAAGAAGCUUUGAGGCGACUGGAAGAAAAUAUGAAAAAAACUGGAUGGGUGUGCAGCUUUGAGAAACCUCAGACAUCUCCCAACUCUUUGAGCCCGAGCACCACGGUCCUCAGCCCUUACGUCACAUUCGGCUGCCUGUCUGCGCGCACCUUUUGGUGGAGGCUGACCGAAGUCUACCAGGGAAAAAAGCAUUCCGAUCCGCCAGUGUCCCUGCACGGACAGUUAUUGUGGCGAGAGUUCUUCUACACGGCCAGUGUCGGUGUCCCCAACUUUAACAAGAUGGAGGGCAACCCCGUGUGUACUCAAGUGGACUGGGACACGAAUCAUGACUACCUGACUGCCUGGAGGGAGGCUCGGACCGGUUUCCCCUUCAUCGACGCCAUCAUGACCCAGCUGAGACGAGAAGGAUGGAUCCAUCACCUGGCCAGACACGCCGUAGCCUGCUUUCUCACCAGAGGAGACCUGUGGAUCAGCUGGGAGGAAGGGCAGAAGGUUUUCGAGACGCUGCUGUUAGAUGGCGACUGGGCUCUCAAUGCGGGAAACUGGCAGUGGCUCUCAGCGAGCACAUUCUUCCACCAGUACUUCAGGGUCUACUCUCCCGUGGCGUUUGGCAAGAAGACCGACAAAAAUGGCGACUACAUCAAGAAGUACCUUCCCGUCCUGAAGAAGUUCCCCGCUCAGUACAUCUAUGAGCCUUGGAAAGCACCAGGCAGCGUACAGAAGGCAGCAGGGUGCAUUGUGGGUAAAGACUAUCCGCGUCCCAUUGUGGAACAUGAAGUCAUCAGCAAGAAGAACAUACAGAGGAUGAAACUGGCGUACGCCAAGAGGUCCGCCGACACCGAUGAAUCGCCCAGCAGGAAGCAAGGUGUGAAGCGAAAGGCGCCUUCCGUUGUUGACAUGUUGAGGAAGAAAGGAAAGAAAUGAGUCCAGCUUAUACAUUUUCAACAGUUCUUCGGUUAUCUCCUAUUUAGAUUGGUGGCAUCGGUUUGCUUGUUUGUGUGGGUUAUAUUGUUAAGUGCUUGUUGUUGCUGGCGUGUUUCUGACGUCUUGGAGCUGGAAGUUUUAUUCUUUCCAUACUGUAAUGUUUGUGUCCACAUGUACAUUGAAAGCAUUGACAAUUUUUACCACGUU